AUGUUGAAUUCCAGAGAGUUGGAACAUCGUGGACUGAGUGGUGUAAUUUCAGACCCUUCUGUAAUUUCAGACCCUUCUGUCACUGCAAGUCAGGAGAGUGUUCCUCGCCAAAUGAAAAUGGCUAAACAGAGAUCUUGGACUCUACCUUGGGGAGAAAAACGCUAUACGGAAGUUACUCACACAGAGCUAGAAGCAGCUGAGCUUAUCUUAGCUAUGGAAUGUUUUGGGCCUACCGAGCUCACAUUGUCAGUGGCAUCACCGGAUCCUGAAGCAGACAUUGGCGUGGCUGUUCUUUGGAAGCUGUCUAUACCCGGAUUAAAUGAAUAUGAUGCAGAUUCUAAGGCAUCAGAAGAACCUGAAGGAACCUUUGCCAAGAUAAUCAAGGUCAACAAAGAAAAUGACAUAAACUUACAUCAAGGUGACAUGUUGGAAACAACUGGACGCAGCGCUACGUCCUGCACAGGGUGCUUGUGGCCCAAAUCUGCCAAUGGGACGGUCAAUGUGCCUUAUUCGUUUGCCUCCAAUUAUAGUAUUGGGAGCCUCAACUUGUUUAAGACAUCAAUGGAGGAAUUUGAAACCCUCACCUGUGUGAGGUUUGUGCCUCGGACAACAGAGAAAGACUACCUCAAUAUUAUGACUUCAAGGGGAUGUGCAUCAUUUGUGGGCCGGAUAGGUGGAGGUCAGAUGGUUGCAGUAGACAUGGCUGGCUGUAUGUACAGAGGAAUUGUACAGCAUGAGCUAAACCAUGCCCUGGGGUUCUACCAUGAGCAUACAAGGAGUGACCGGGAUAACUAUGUCACCAUCAUGUACCAGUACAUAUCACCAGGUCAAGUUAUAAAUUUUAAUAAACAAAACACCAACAACCUUGGGCUUGAGUAUGACUAUAAAUCAGUGAUGCAUUAUGACAGUUUCGCUUUUUCAAACACAUCAGGACAACCCACCAUUGUGACCAUACCGGUCCCAAACAUCCCAAUUGGGCAAAGAGAUGGACUGAGUGUUCUAGAUGUCUCUAAAAUCAACCGGUUGUAUCAAUGCAAUGCCUGUGCUUAUUUACUUAAUGAAAAGAAUGGAAGUCUAACCUCCGCCAACUACCCAUCAGCCUACCCCAAUAAUGCUAGCUGUGUUUGGCUGAUCAGAACACCAUCAGAUCAGGUUACAUUGAACUUUGUUGCCUUUGAUGUCCAGUCGUCACCCAAUUGUAUAUCUGACUAUAUUAGGAUUUAUGAUGGUCCCACUAAGAAAGAUCCCCUGUUGUUGGACAGAACUUGUGGGACUGGGUUGAUUCCUCAAAUUAUUGCCUCUACUAACCAGUUACUGGUUGAGUUUUCCAGUGACAGCAGUGUUGCUGGAGUAGGCUUUAAAGCCACAUACAGCUCAGUGCAAUGUGGAGGAGCGUUCUAUGCACCGGAAAGAAACUUUACAUCCCCUGGUUACCCCAAUUCCUACCGCCCAAACAUGAAUUGCAUCUACACCAUUACAGCUCCUGUUGGAAAGAAGAUUUCCUUCAAGGUUGCUGAUUUUCAGACAGAGGCUAGUCAGUACUGCAUCUAUGACUAUUUAGAGAUCCAGGAUGGGUCCAACUGGAAGGGUCCAUUCUGUGGGAACUAUAAAAUCCCUUCCUUUACCUCUCAAGGCAAUUCACUGUGGCUGAGAUUUGUUAGUGAUGGCAGCAAUCAGUUUAGAGGCUUCCAGGCAUCAUAUAAAUUUGAAAAUACAUUGAAUGUUGCCAAGAAAAUAGCGAAUUCAGGCCCAGCUGCAGAUUCUGAAGCAGCAGAAGAACCUGAAGGAACCUUUGCCAAGAUAAUAAAGGUCAACAAAGCUACAGAUUCUGAAGCAUCAGAAGAAACUGAAGGAACCUUUGCCAAGAUAAUAAAGGUCAACACAGAGUUCCCAGCCUAUCAGUGCUCUAAAACUAGACGUGGCUCUAAAGAAAAAACUGGUGUAGAUCUUUCCCUUAUACCGUACCUAAUGUCUGUGUAG